CUUCGUCUCCUUCGCUGCUUCACCGGAUUUUGCUGCUGUCGUCGGCGGUCGGAUGAAAGCCGGUCAAACCAGCUCCUGAUCGAUGGCUGCGCUAACACGUCUCUCAUUGGUCUUCUCCGCUGCUCCUCCUCCGUCAAGUCAGCGUCACAACUGCGGCUGCGUGGCAUUAUCAAUUUCAAUACCCCUGGCUAGAAAACUUCCAGAUUCUUCUACCCUAUCUUCUCGUUGUUCUUCCUCCUUUUCAGUUCCGUCGCAAUUCAGAAACAACAAGGGUUUCAGGAGAGCGAGAGUUGUGUCUGCAUCAACGGCGGGUUUGCCUCCAAGUACAGUACUUGUCACCGGCGCCGGUGGCAGAACAGGUCAGAUAGUUUAUAGGAAAUUAAAGGAGAGGUCAGACCAAUUUGUUGCAAGAGGUCUGGUUAGAACUGAAGAAAGCAAGGAGAAAAUUGGGGCAGCAGAUGAUGUUUUUGUUGGGGAUAUAAGGGAUGCAGCCAGCGUUAUUCCUGUCAUCCAAGGGAUUGAUGCUCUAAUUAUUCUUACAAGUGCUGUGCCAAAGAUGAAACCUGGUUUAGAUCCAUCUAAAGGAGAAAGGCCGGAGUUUUAUUUUGAAGAUGGGGCAUAUCCAGAGCAGGUUGAUUGGAUUGGUCAGAAAAAUCAAAUAGAUGCUGCUAAGGCUGCUGAAGUGAAGCAAAUUGUGUUGGUUGGGUCCAUGGGUGGAACUAAUCCUAAUAACCCAUUAAACAGCAUUGGAAAUGGGAAUAUUUUGGUUUGGAAGAGAAAAGCUGAGCAGUAUUUGGCCGACUCUGGCAUUCCAUACACAAUUAUCAGGGCUGGAGGACUGCAAGAUAAAGAAGGUGGCAUCAGAGAAUUACUCAUUGGGAAAGACGAUGAACUUCUUCAGACAGAAACGAGAACAAUUGCCAGGGCUGAUGUUGCAGAAGUCUGCAUACAGGCAUUACACUAUGAGGAGGCAAAAUUCAAGGCAUUUGAUUUGUCUUCAAAACCUGAGGGAACAGGCACCCCAACGAAGGAUUUCAAGGCUCUCUUCCCCCAAAUCACUACUCGUUUUUGAUAGUCAAAUGCCAUUACCUCUUAUCUAGGACUAUCAUUGUUCUUCAAGUUUUUGAAGAGUAUUAACAGCUCAACAGUCCCGGCCUUGGCCUCCUUGUAACAAUCAGCUCACCUGUAUUUCUUCUGCUCGUGGAGUCCAAGAUGAUGAAGUUAGAAUUAAACGUUAUUUUCUGAUGAGAUUUGCAGAAUGAAUUAUUGUAUGGAUAUUAGUUGAAUGCAGUGGCUGCUUUUUUUUUUUUCCUUUGAUCUAAUUUGAGCU